AUGGUCCAGCCUGACUUGACAAUUGGAUGUCUCUUGAUUGCCUCUUGGAUCAACACGGCCCUUUACACUCUACAGAUCACUCAAACGAUCCGGUACUUCAUCAAGUAUUCCAAAGACCAAUGGUUCAACAAGGCUUGCGUUCUCGGUGCCCUUGUCUCUGAUACCGUCACCACCGUUGCGGUCAUGGUGUCAUGCUAUCUUUACACCGUUACGCAUUGGGGAAACGAAGCAUAUCUAGGAAUACAACCUUGGUGUAUGCCUGCCUAUGUCCUGGGCACGACCCUUACCGCCAUGAUUGUUCAAGCCUGGCUGGUCAAGAUGAUCUACACCUUAACGAGACAGUGGUUCUGGCUCCCCAUCAUUGUCCUUCUCGUCUUGACAGGCGUGGUGGGCGGUUGUUUGGUCGCUUCCCACUUGAUCAAUGACCCAACCUACGUGGGACGUGAUUCUCUGGUGCGCGAAGUGACCAUCUGGUUAUCCGGCGCCGCUGUCGCUGAUCUCCUCAUCACUGUGCUCCUUGUGUGGAAAUUCAGGUCCCUACGAUCAGACUUUGCAGACACCAAAAACUUAUUACGCCGACUGACCAUCGCAUCCCUGCGGAACGGAACUCUCACGACACUCCUCACCGUAGUCUCGAUCAUCGUCUUUCAAGCGCAGCCAGAGCUCAACACUGCCACCAUGAUUGAGAUGACCCUUGGACGGAUAUAUACUCUGUCCAUGCUGUCCAAUUUGAACAACCGCGCAUUGAUGCCGGGCAACUCGGCGCAGUCAACCACCUCCAACGCCCGCAAGACGAUUCUCAGCCACGACCAGUCGCCGACAGUGCUGCGCAUCCGCCAGGACGUCGAGACACACUAUCAGUCGGACGCGGACUCUAUCCCGAUGGACAGCACGGGCUUUGGGCGGCGGACGAAGGAGGAUCUGGAGAGCGGGGACGGAAGCUCGGAGGUCGUGCUGCCUGUUGUUGUUACCGUCAGGCAGGAGAAGCAUUACCAUACAGAUUAUUGA